CUCUGGGCAGCGACGAUCAGCGACAAAUCAGGACCUUUGAUAUUUAGGAAAACUGUGUUUAACUCUACAGAAAUCAGGUUUUCUGUUAAGUCAUUCAGUUGUUCUGGGCCUGUGAAGUUUACCAUCGAGUGGUAUUUGAAGUAUCAUACGUGUCAGAAUGAAUAUUCUAAGCUGGAGGAGGAGCUAUCACAAAAACAUGAACCUAGCGUUGAUGAAGACUUUUGUGGUCAUUAUUUCAAGAACGUUGAAUGUUGGACAACAAAAUAUGAAAACGUAAAUUGCAACAGUGACUUACAGGUGUUUCCCUCAUUGAAUAAUAAGGAACUAAUUACAAAUAUCAGAAAUGUUUCCAACCAGGAAGGAUCAACAGAUGUGAUAGCCAGAACACAGAGAGAUGGGUUUCAUAUAUUUAUUGUUUCUGUGAAAACGGACAAAACAGAUGCAAGAUGGAAUUUGAAUGUUUCUCUUUCUAUGAUCGGGCCUCAUGGAUAUAUUUCUGCGUCAGAUUGGCCACUAAUGAUUUUUUACAUGGUGAUGUGUAUCGUUUAUAUUUUAUAUGGCGUACUGUGGCUGAUGUGGUCUGCCUGUUAUUGGAAAGAUAUAUUAAGAAUUCAGUUCUGGAUUGCAGCUGUUAUUUUCCUGGGAAUGCUUGAAAAAGCAGUUUUUUAUACUGAAUAUCAAAACAUCAGCAGCACUGGGCUAUCAACCCAAGGUUUAUUGAUAUUUGCGGAGUUGAUAUCUGCGGUUAAGAGGACAUUGGCUCGCCUCCUUGUGAUCAUUGUGAGCUUGGGCUACGGCAUUGUGAAGCCUCGUUUAGGAACAGUCAUGCACCGGGUGGUUGGACUGGGGAUUCUUUACUUUAUCUUCGCAGCUGUUGAAGGCGUGAUGAGAGUUAUUGGGGGUUCUAACCAUUUAGCUGUCAUUUUUGGUGACAUUAUUUUGGCAGUUAUUGACUCCAUUUUUGUAUGGUUCAUAUUUAUAAGUUUGGCCCAAACUAUGAAGACUCUAAGGCUAAGAAAGAACACGGUGAAAUUUUCUUUAUACAGGCACUUUACAAAUACUCUGAUCUUUGCCGUACUGGCUUCUGUAGUAUUUAUGGUGUGGACGACUAAGACAUUUAGAAUUGCAAAAUGUCAAUCCGAUUGGAUGGAACGUUGGGUUGAUGAUGCAUUCUGGAGCUUCCUUUUUUCGCUUAUCCUUAUUGUGAUAAUGUUUUUGUGGAGACCAUCAGCAAACAACCAGAGAUAUGCCUUCAUGCCAUUAAUUGAUGAUUCUGAUGAUGAAAUUGAAGAAUUCAUGGUAACAUCUGAGAAUUUAACUGAAGGAAUAAAAUUAAGAGUCUCAAAAACGGUUUCCAAUGGAACAGCUAAACCUGCUACUUCUGAUAAUUUUGAUGAAGAUUUGAAGUGGGUGGAAGAAAAUAUUCCCUCUUCAUUCACAGAUGUAGCUCUUCCAGUGUUAGUGGAUUCAGAUGAGGAAAUCAUGACCAGAUCUGAAAUGGCAGAAAAAAUGUUCUCUUCAGAAAAGAUAAUGUGA